GAUUAGAAAUACAAUGCACGUGUUUCUUGUUGACUGGACAACCAUAAAGUAACACGGAGUGACAGUAACACGAGGCCGGGCGAUGCCGCGAACAACACCGGCCAACACCGGCGACAUGGGCCGUCUCCUGAUCCACCAGCAGCAGCAGCAGCGGUACCUCCUGCUGAUCAUCACGCUGGCCUGUCAGUGUCCGGCGGUGGGCGGGCUGUUUGAGUGGCUGAGGCAGACAGAGGCUCCUCCUCCGGCCGCUGCUCCCCCAGCAGCAGUGGCUCCGGCACUCCUUGCGAAGGAUGCUCGAUUUGAGAUGGCUACCGUAGAGGAGAAGUUCUUGGCUGAGGCGAAGCAGGUGGAGCUCAGCCCGCUGGACAGCUGUCAUUACAGGGUGGUCGCCCGACUGAAGGCGAGCUGUGAAAGCCUCUCGGAGGAGCAGCUCGCGAAGCUCGGAGUGGUGCUGUUUAACUGCCAGGCGGAGAUUGAGGGGCGGCGGACCUACCCAUGUACAGACGAAAUGUCUAUAAAAGAGUGCACAGCAGACAUGGACUCGGACACGUGGAACGCCUACCACAUAGUGAGCAACCGAGCUCGCUCCGUUUGCUACGCAAGUCGCCAGCAGCUGUUUCGGCGCAGGGCAGAGCACACGGUCAACGCUCUCAUCUCCACAGCCAGCAGCCAGCUAGAUGCAAUGAAGGACCUGAAGGAGGGCCAGUUGGAGUUGAGGGACCUGACCGCAGCCUCCUUGGACAAGCUGCUGGAGGGCCACAGCGCUCUGCAGGUCCAGCAGGGUAAACUGUACGAAGGCCAGGGGCAAAUGGAAAGUUCACUGAAGGACAACCUGGAGCGUCUGGGUCAGGAGAAGGCCCUCAUCGCCUCUGGACAGGAGCUGGUCGCCCAGCUCAUUCGGGGCAUUACAAAGAGAAUGGAGAAUGUGAGUGAGCAUCUGCAGGUUCAAGGGACGGCGGUGAAGGACGGACACGAGGCGAUUGUCAAGGACCUGGCAGACGUCAGAGACCAAGCUCAAGACAUCUACCAAAAAAUUGACGACAGCAGGCUGGAGUUUCUGCAGUACCAGGACCAGACCUCGCAGUACUACGCUGAGCUGAUGAGCAAGCUGGAACGCAUGAACAGCACGCUUGGGGUCACGCUGCACUACAUCGACAACAUGCACAGCCGGAUAGAGGAAAGGCUUCACAUGAUCCAGGGCUACCUCGGCUGGGCAGGUUUGAGCCUGACAGCCAUGUGGACGUGUAUUGCACAUGCGGGCUACUUCAUACUGUGCGCGGUCCUGCUGACGUUCCUGCGUUGCCCGGGUUUCUCGCGGACGCUGCUGCUCGUCGUGCCUCUUAAUGCGGCGGCGGAGCUCAACCAGCAGCCGGCGCUGGACCUCACCGGCCUCAGCCUGCUGCUGCUCACGCUGUCUCUGGGUCACUGGUUUGUGAAUCAGUUGUGGGCGUGCUUCCGGAUCAGGGGAAAGCCGGCCGUCCCGCUGCCACUGGCCCCGUGGGACAUUGUGGAGCCACAGAGGGAGCCAGUUCCAUCCUGCCACUCAUAUCCACCAUCCUCUACGCCACAGAAAGAUGAAAAAGACGGCUUCAUGGAGCAAGAGGACCUGCUGAAUCAGGACAGCUUCAUAUCAGGCGAUCUCGGCAUAUCCGCGGUGUCGCCCCCUCACAGGAAGCCAGCGCCGGAGUUCAGGUUUAUGCCAAUAAUGGGCACAGCCAGUCACUCCACUCCACGGCUUGUACCACAGCCAGUUCUUUCAGCGGCUGUGAUUGACGACAUACCCCCAAAGAACCUGGGAGGGGUUUUUGAUGCAGUGGAAGACUCGCGUGAUUUUGCGUGUGACUCACGAAGCGCGACUCCCACCCCGUCACUAGUGAGCAACAGCUCUCUGUCAGGCCGUCAGCUGUGUAGUGGAAUCACAAAAACCGGGAAGGCCUGUAAGAAGAGAGCCGUGCUGGGACAGGAGUACUGCAGAGUCCACGAAGGGGGGCACACCUCCUAUGUUCACUCCUGAAAAUGUUCGACCUCCCUUUGCAGCUUGCUUAACUAUGUGUUCUUUGGUAGUGUGACUUCUCUGUAAAAACUAGACACAUUAACACUUCAUUACAAGUUAAGUUCUGUCUGCUUUGUUUGAAGAUAAGCUUGCUAAAACAGGCGCUAUGCUUGCAGAUUCUUUUUAACUGUACUUUUAUAUUUUUAUCACCAAGUUUUAAAUGCUCAUUUUUAAGUUAAUAAAUUAUUUCUUUACCUGUGAAUCUGU